UCUAUUUUUUUAUUCUGUUAAAAAUAUCUAAAUGGGAUUCUCAUGUGACUGAAAGGUUAGAAACCCACCCACACAUCCACCUACCCAGCCACCCACGCCCCACAAACGCUCCAACUACAACCACCACGUCCACUUUUGGGUGGUUUUCCCCCUCCUCCCCGCUGGAAGGAAUCACAGACAGCGGGAGUCGGUCAGUCAGCCGUUCGGAUGCCCAACCGACAGAGAGGUGUUGGGGGCGGGAGUGAAGCUGCGGCGGAUAUCCGUCUCGUACCUGCCGGGGGGAGCGGGAUCCUUGCAUUGUCUUCAUCCGUGUGUCCCCUGGAUCUUUCUGAGUGAAUCCCCACCACCUCCACCUCCACCACCAACGCACAGCAGCUGGAGCACAGCGUGGUUUCGUAACGCGCCGGUGCAGCGCGGAGGAAAGCUCCCUUGAUAUUUAUUUAUUUUUUUCAACUGUUGGUCGAGGAUGCGGAUUGAUAUGAGGGACGUUAUCAGCGUCACCUGGGAUUUUUAAACGUUACAUUUUCAGUUAGCUUAGCUGCGCGCGUGCCAAGAAAAAAAACAACAACCCUUUUUUUCAUGUCUGCCAAAAGAUUAAAUUUAGUCAAGAUUUUUUUCCUACAACCUUUUUGGCAAAAGAAAGAGAAAUAAAAGAUUAUUUUUUCCUUAACCUGACACCAUGAGCACAAUUUCACCCACUGACUUCGACAGCUUGGAGAUCCAGCAGCAGUAUAAUGACAUCAACAACCGCUGGGAUCUGGCAGCGGAGACCGACUGGGAUAACGAGAACAGUUCAGCGCGUCUGUUUGAACGCUCCCGCAUUAAAGCUCUCGCAGACGAGCGAGAAGCGGUACAGAAGAAGACCUUCACAAAAUGGGUAAACUCCCACCUAAGUCGAGUGACUUGUCGCAUCGGCGACUUGUACACAGACCUACGAGAUGGCCGGAUGCUAAUUCGCCUGCUGGAAGUGCUCUCAGGAGAACAGCUGCCAAAACCCACUAAGGGCCGCAUGCGUAUCCACUGCCUGGAAAAUGUAGAUAAAGCCCUGCAAUUUCUCAAAGAACAAAAGGUCCAUCUAGAAAACAUGGGUUCACAUGAUAUUGUGGAUGGAAACCACCGCCUGACCCUUGGUCUCAUCUGGACCAUCAUUCUUCGCUUCCAGAUCCAAGACAUUAGCGUGGAGACAGAAGACAAUAAGGAGAAGAAAUCCGCUAAAGAUGCCCUGUUGCUUUGGUGCCAAAUGAAAACUGCUGGAUAUCCCAAUGUCAACAUCCAUAACUUUACCACCAGCUGGAGAGACGGUCUCGCGUUCAAUGCCAUCGUGCACAAACACAGACCUGAUGUGAUAGAGUUCGAUAACUUGAAGAGAUCCAAUGCUCAUUACAAUCUUCAGAAUGCUUUCAAUGUGGCUGAGAAAGAACUGGGGCUUACCAAACUGCUGGAUCCUGAAGAUGUUAACGUCGAUCAGCCUGAUGAGAAGUCCAUCAUCACGUAUGUGGCAACUUACUACCAUUACUUCUCCAAGAUGAAAGCUCUGGCAGUGGAGGGCAAACGAAUUGGCAAGGUGCUCGACUACGCUAUUGAGGCUGACCAGCUGAUAGAUAAGUACGAGACCCUGGCAUCUGAGCUGCUGCAGUGGAUCGAGCAGACCAUAGGGACGCUCAACGACCGGCAGCUAGCAAACUCACUGAAUGCUGUUCAGAACCAGCUUCAGGCUUUCAACUCCUACAGAACAGUAGAGAAACCCCCAAAAUUUACGGAGAAAGGGAACUUGGAAGUUCUCCUCUUUACGAUUCAAAGCAAGAUGAGGGCAAACAAUCAAAAGGUUUACGUGCCAAAGGAAGGAAAACUCAUCUCUGACAUCAACAAGGCAUGGGAAAGACUGGAGAAGGCUGAGCAUGAACGGGAGCUGGCUUUGAGAAAUGAGCUGAUUCGUCAGGAGAAGCUGGAGAUGCUGGCGGCCCGCUUCGACCGGAAAGCCGCUAUGCGAGAAACGUGGUUGAGUGAGAACCAGAGACUGGUUUCUCAGGAUAAUUUUGGAACAGAUUUGGGUGCAGUAGAAGCUGCCACACGUAAACACGAAGCCAUCGAGACAGAUAUUAAUGCGUAUUUGGAGCGCGUGGUUGCGGUGGAAGAUGUGGCUAAAGAGCUGGAAGCAGAGGGUUACCACGAUGUGCGACGAAUUCUUGCACGCAGAGAUAACGUGCUUCGGCUUUGGGAAUACCUAAAAGAGCUUCUGGCUGCUCGCAGGGAGCGCUUGACUGCCCAUCGUGACCUGCAAAGACUGUUUCAGGAGAUGCGCUACAUUACAGACUGGAUGAAAGAUGAACAGGGACGUUUACAAUCUCAAGAUACCGGUAAACAUUUGCAUGAUGUGUUAGACCUUCUGCAAAAGCACAAUCUGGUGGAGGCCGACAUAUCAGCUCAGGCAGAGAGGAUCAAGGGAGUGCAGGCAGCCGCAAAGCCAUUCUCCUCCUAUGAGCAGGCUUACAAGCCUUGUGAGCCUGGACUAGUUGGUGAGAAGGUUGAGCGGCUGGGUCAAGCCUAUGAGGAACUCGGUCAGCUUGCUUCAGCACGCAGAGAACGCCUGGAAGACUCACGGCGCCUCUGGCAGUUUCUGUGGGAUCUGGGAGAGGAAGCAGCCUGGAUCAGAGAGCAGGAGCAGAUCCUAGCCAGUGGGGACUGUGGCCGUGACCUGACUUCUGCCCUGCAUCUGCUCAGCAAACACGAAGCUUUCAGGGAUGAGAUGGCCGCUCGUUUUAUGCCCCUCAACAACAGCAUUGCUGCAGGAGAAGCUCUGAUAAAUGAGGGACACUUUGGAGCCUCAGAGGUCACUGAGAGGAUUCAAGACAUCCGUGCACAGUGGGCUCAUCUUGAGGAAACAACCAAGCUCAGAGAGCAGAGCCUCAAAGAAGCAGUGGCCUUGCACCAGUUUCAAACUGAUGCUAAUGAUAUGGAGGCCUGGAUUAUGGAGACUCUUAGACAGCUGUCCAGUCAAGAGUUGGGACACGAUGAGUUCUCCACCCAAACGCUUGCUCGCAAACAGAGAGAAAUAGAUGAGGAGAUCCAAAGCCACCGCCCCCUCAUCAACACUCUGCAUGAACAGGCUCAAGCUCUGCCUCAGGCCUAUGUGAGCCACCCUCAGGUCGACGGUCGCCUCCCUGCGAUUGAGCAGAGCUAUAAAGAACUGGAAUCUCUGUCAGCAACUCGGCGUCAGGCCCUGGACGGUGCCCUGUCCCUCUAUCAGAUGUUCAGCGAAGCUGACGCCUGUCUGCUCUGGGUGGAGGAGAAGGAGCAGUGGUUGGAUGGCAUGGAGAUCCCCACCAAACUGGAGGACUUGGAGGUUGUACAGCAGAGAUUUGAAAGUCUUGAACCGGAGAUGAACAACUUAGGCGCUCGCGUUACGCAUGUGAACGAUGUGGCAGAGUUUUUGCUGGACUCUGACAACUGCCGCAAAGACCAGAUCCACCAGACAAGAGACCAACUGAACAACAGAUGGGCAGAGUUUGAACAACUGGCUGGUCAAAAGAAACAGGCUCUGGAGUCUGCUUUGAACAUCCAGAAUUACCAUCUUGAGUGUAAUGAGAUCAAAUCCUGGAUGAAAGAGAAGACUAAAGUGAUUGAGUCUACUCAGAGCUUGGGCAAUGACUUGGCUGGAGUAAUGGCACUGCAGCGCAAGCUUACUGGCAUGGAGAGAGACCUGGAAGCGAUUCAGGGUAAACUUGAUGACCUGAAAAGUGAGGCAGGGAAGCUUGCCAGUGAGCAUCCCGAUCAGGCGGAAGAGAUUCAGGGACGGCUGGCUGAGAUCCAGGAGGUGUGGGAGGAGCUCAAUGCCACCAUGAAGCGAAGAGAAGAAUCUCUAGGAGAAGCCAGCAAACUUCAGGGCUUCCUUCGAGACCUCAAUGAUUUCCAGUCCUGGCUAUCGCGGACGCAGACGGCUGUGGCCUCAGAAGACAUUCCCACUUCACUGCCCGAGGCUGAGAAUUUGCUCACCCAACACGAGAGCAUCAAGAAUGAACUUGACAACUAUAAGGAGGACUAUGAGAAGAUGCGUGCCGUUGGCGAGGAGGUCACUCAAGGUCAGACAGAUGCCCAGCACAUGUUCUUGGCUCAGAGGCUCCAGGCAUUGGACACUGGUUGGCACGAGUUACGGCGCAUGUGGGAGAACCGCCACAGUCUUCUGGCUCAGGGCUUUGACUUCCAGGGUUUCAUGAGAGAUGCAAAGCAGGCAGAAGCAUUCCUGAACAGCCAGGAGUAUGUCCUCCACCACACAGAGAUGCCCACCAACCUUCAAGCGGCAGAAGAGGCCAUUAGGAAGCAUGAAGACUUCCUCACCACCACAGAGGCCAGUGAGGAGAAGAUAAACAGUGUGGUGGAUUCUGGACGGCGCCUCAUUAAUGACUCCAAUGCAAACUCUGAUAAGAUUCAGGAAAAAGUGGAUUCCAUCCAGGAAAGGCACAAUAAGAACAAGGAAAUGGCAAAAGAGCUGCUGACAAAGCUUAAGGACAACCGUGAACUUCAGCACUUCCUCCAAGAUGGACAAGAGCUCACGUUGUGGAUCAAUGAGAAGAUGCUGACAGCACAGGACAUGUCUUAUGAUGAGGCCAGGAAUCUGCACAGCAAGUGGCAGAAACACCAAGCCUUCAUGGCAGAGCUGGCCUCCAAUAAAGACUGGCUGGAUAAGAUUGAUAAGGAGGGUCAGGCGCUGGUGGCAGAGAAGCCUGAACUGAAACCUGUGGUCCAGCAGAUCCUGGAGGACUUGCAGCAUCAGUGGGAGGAGGUAGAGGGCACGACCCGCACCAAGGCCCAGUGCUUGUUUGAUGCCAACAGGGCUGAGCUUUUUACACAGAGCUGCUCCGCUCUUGGCAGCUGGCUGAAUAAUAUUGAGAGCCAGCUUCACAGCGAUGACUAUGGAAAAGAUUUAACCAGUGUCAACAUCCUCCUUAAGAAGCAACAGAUGCUGGAGCAUCAGAUGGAGGUCAGGGAGAAGGAGGUGCAGUCCCUGCAGGCUCAGGCUCUCGCUCUGUCCCAGGAAGAUGCUGGGCUGACAGAAAUCGAUGGCCAGCAGAGACAAGUCACUGACAACUUCUCAAACCUUCAGCAGCCCCUCCGACUGAGGAAGCAGAAGCUACUCGCCUCCAAAGAAGCACAUCAGUUCAACAGAGACCUGGAGGACGAAAUUCUGUGGGUCACAGAGCGGAUGCCCUUGGCAACUUCUACAGAACAUGGAAAAGACCUUUCUACUGUUCAGCUGCUGAUCAAGAAGAACCAGACCCUGCAGAAGGAGAUACAAGGCCACCAGCCUCGCAUCGAUGACAUCCUGAAACGAGGCGAGACUCAAAGCCAGGUUGAUGGGGAGAGACAGGCUCUUCUGGAGGAGCGGCUUGCAGAGCUGAGGGAUCUGUGGGACCAGCUGAUUUCAGAGACAGACAACCGCAACACACGUCUGCUAGAGGCCCGGCGGGCACAGCAGUUCUAUGCUGAUGCCGCUGAGGCAGAGGCCUGGAUGGGAGAGCAAGAGCUGCACAUGAUGUCAGAGGAAAAGGCCAAGGAUGAACAAAGCGCUCUCGUCAUGGUCAAGAAGCACCAGAUCCUGGAACAAACCCUGGAAGACUACGCCCAAACCAUCCACCAGCUGGCCAACAGCAGUCGCCUCAUGGUCACAAAUGAACACCCAGAGAGUGAGAGAAUCACCUUACGACAAGCCCAGGUGGACAAGCUCUAUGCAGGUCUGAAGGACCUGGCUGAGGAGCGGCGUGGACGACUUCAGGAGAGGCUGCGGCUCACCCAACUCAAGCGUGAGGUCGACGACCUGGAGCAGUGGAUCGCUGAGCGGGAGAUGGUUGCUGGCUCCCAUGAGCUGGGGCAGGACUAUGAACACGUCUCUAUGCUAAGAGACAAGUUCCGCGAGUUUGCUCGUGACACCAGCACGAUUGGCCAAGAACGUGUGGAUGGUGUAAAUGCAUUAGCAGACGACCUCAUCGAGUCUGGCCACCCUGAGAACGCCAGUGUGGCUGAGUGGAAGGAUGGCUUAAACGAGGCCUGGGCCGACCUGCUGGAGCUUAUAGACACGCGCACACAAAUGCUGGGAGCUUCCUACGAGCUGCACCGAUUCCAUCAAGAUGCCAUGGAGGUGCUCGGACGUGUGAAGGAGAAGCGAGAAGCUCUUCCUGCAGACCUCGGUCGGGACCUGAACACUGUCAAGCAUCUACACAGACAGCACCAAACUUUAGAAAAUGACAUCCAGGCCCUCAGCUGGCAGGUGAACCAGGUGCAGGAUGAUGCUGCAAGGCUGCAGAAAGCCUACGCUGGUGAAAAAGCUGAUGACAUUCACAGGAGUGAGCACGCUGUGAGCUCUGCCUGGGAGGCUCUGCAGGAGGCCUGUCAGUCCCGCAGACUGCUGCUGCAGGACACCGUGGAGAAGUUCCGCUUCCUCAACGCGGUGCGAGACCUCAUGCUCUGGAUGGACGGUGUUAACCUGCAGAUUGAUGCACACGACAGCCCCAGGGACGUAUCCUCUGCAGAGUUGGUCAUUGGCAAUCAUCAAGACAUCAAAUCAGAGAUCGAUACCAGGGCAGACAGUUUCACUGCCAGUAUUGAUAUGGGAAAUGCCCUCAUCAACAAAAGUCAUUAUGCAGCUGAUGAGAUCCAAGAGAAACUUGCUCAGCUGCAGGAAAGGAGGGACGAGAUCAACAAGAAGUGGCAGGACAAGAUGAAUUAUUUGCAGAUAGUGUUGGAGGUGCUGCAGUUUGGGCGGGAUGCCUCUGUGGCAGAAUCGUGGCUGGCAGGACAGGAACCUCUGGUGCGAGCUGCAGAACUGGGAACAAAUGUAGACGAAGUUGAAAGCCUCCUCAAACGCCACGAAGCCUUUGAGAAGCUGGCAACUGCUUGGGAGGAACGCUUUGUGCAGCUGGAGAGACUCACAACACUUGAGGAGCAGGAGCUGCAGAGGAGGCGAGAGGAAGAGGAGAGAGCUCGAAGGCCCCCUACACCUCCACAGGUGGAGGAGGUGACACAGUCUAAGGCAGAAACUCAGGCCCAUGAUUCUGAAGCCAGAACCAGUUUGGACCAAACUACGCUUAAUCAAGACGUGUCCGUGAAUGGAGUACACAGCGACAACGACACGUCUCAGCAGUCAUUAUCGCUGUCGUUGUCAGUGGGAAAGAAAUCAGAGCCUAAACGUGUGUUUAAGCCAAAGCAGCCGGAGCGUGGCUCAGAGUCCGAGUCGGUCAAUGGGCCGGGGCGGGACAGCGGGCUGGCGUCUUCUCGCCUGGAGGCGUCUGCCACCUUACCCGGCAGAGGGGGAGCGGACUCGGACGCAGAAUGUGUGGAGGGGAUGCUCUGCCGAAAGCAGGAGAUGGAGUCCCACAACAAAAAGGCCGCUACCAGAUCCUGGCAUAAUGUGUACUGCACCCUGAAAAAAGGAGGCCUUCAUUUCUUCAAAGACAACAAGAGCGUCAGCAGUGGCAUCACGUACCACGGAGAGAUGCCCUUCAGCUUGGAGGAGGCUGUGUGUGAAGUAGCCCUUGACUACAAAAAGAGGAAACACGUGUUCAAGCUCAGGAAUGAAAACGGGAAAGAAUAUCUAUUCCAGGCUAAGGAUGAGGCGGAAAUGAAUUCCUGGAUCCAAUCCAUUCGGCGCUUCAUCACCACGCGAUCCCAAGACUCCCCCGGAGCCCCCCGGGCGCUCAGCCGUGCUAUGACGAUGCCCCCCAUCUCCCCAAGUACAGGCGAAACCGGGAGCGUCACCCUUCGCAACAAAGAAGGCAAAGAGAAGGACCGCGAGAAGAGGUUCAGCUUUUUUGGAAAAAAGAAAUAAAACACUUGGCAACAUUGUGGAAAAAGGGACAGAAAUGAAAAUGCACACAGGCUCCAGAAACACACUGCUCUCAGUGCAAGGCCCUGCGGAAUCCCCACAGAAAAUCCUUUUCCUUCUUCUUUUAUUCUCUCCUUUGCAUUGUUCACUAUAUUCCACUUCUGUCUGCAGUCUUCUCCAGCCAUGAGAAUCUGUUUCAGACUAGCUCGUCCGAGUCAGUGAUGGAUGGCGUGGUUGUUCAGCAGCUCACCUCCAGUCCACCCCAUCAGCCGGAGACUUGUCUUCUGUCCUCCGUGAGUCUUAACUAGCAGAGCCACUGAGACGUCUCGUCUCAACAUGGAUGCCAGCCGGCCCUUCCUAAACAAACCCUGUCACUUGUCUCUUCUCACGUUCCUGGUUUUGAUGUUAAUAUUCCAGUUAAUAUUCCUUCUAUUUAUAUUUUGCAACCGUUGAUUUGAAAAAAACAAACUAACCGAUAGAUAAUCUUGGCGGAUGUUGUGGAAGAAAAGGAGUUUGUAUCCAUUAGUGAAAGACAUUGUGCUUAUUACCCGUGGAUGUGGUUUUCUUUCUUUCUUUCUUGUUAUUUUUUUUUGGAAGGAAUGUUUUUGAGGUUUUUCAUAACCAAACUAAAGCUCGGUUUUUUAGCUGUGUGCAUUAAGUUUCAUUGGAAAACUGUUAUAUAAAUAUUUAAGAAGUGGUUUCCCUUUCAUUUUACCUCUAAUUUUGCCUGUUUUGGAUUUUUGAGUGAUUUCUUCUUUUUUUUCAUUUUCCGCUUUUUUCUGUACAAAGCAGAGAUUAGUUUUCUAGUGUGUUUGUGUGAGUGUGUGUGUGUGUGUGUGUGUGUGUGUGUGAGUUGUGGUGCUGUGGAUUUUUGCACGUGUAUUUGUCCUUUCUCAUCACGGUCAGAUGGUUAGAGCUUUCUAUCGUUUUUUUUUUCUUUCUUUUUUUACGUGCUCGAAUUCUGACCCAGACCAGAAAAACCCAAAUCCAAAUGAACCGACAAAAAUCCUAAGUUUCCAACCAACUGUUUAUUUUUUCUUACAGUCAUAAAUAUCAAGUUCUUUUCAUUUCCUGGUGUGAGGGUUUGUGGGCGGUCUGUAGAUAAUUUAUGAAAGCCUUUUGUUUUUCAAAGCAGGGAGCAGAGAUGCAGGAAAACCGACGAUCAGCUGACAGAUCAGGUUACAGGUGAAGUGAGUGAUGUGGAAGUGCUGCUGGAUGGAUAGUGAGGAGUGCCCUUCACCCAAAAGCUUUAUUUUGUUGUUGUUUUUUUUACACAACCCCCCACCUCUAUGAAACUGGUCUCAAAGGAAGUGUUCUUAUAGUCACAUGUGAAUGUUCUACAUGUGCAGUUUGGCAGCCACCCAAUGGGGGAUUCGGAAGACGUGGGAAGCUCUGCACAGAAGCGAUGGCAGAUAAGAAAAAGGUGUGAGUUUUUCUUGACAUCAGUUUAGACAUGUUUGUGCCGAAUCAUUGCCAUCUGCUCUCUUCUUCUUCAAAAGAGAGAAAACCUCAAGAAUUCAGUCAUUUUUCAAAGUGUUUGCCAGAAAUAAAACCUGAAGGUUUGGUCACUUAGCUCAACCUGCAGCCAACUGGUUCUUUUUUUCUUCCGUGGUCUCAUGCUAUACAUAUUUAAUGAAAAAGGGCAUAAACACUAACUUGUGAAUGUAGGCAUUAGUUCACUUCCAAAUGUUGUGAGGAAGCAGCAGAAUUCUGAAAUCUGAUCAUAUGGUGGUGGGAAAGCGAAUGGAUAGUUUGAAGGUGAAUGUGGGGACAGCUGAACUGCCGGCCUUAAAUUUCCCCGUUGACGCUCGGUUCAAGGACUCUGAAUCAGACAGGAGGCGUGUUGAAACGCCCAUGCAGGCGCUGUCAACGUGAGGGUCAGUUGGCGGCGCAGCUCCCCUCCGGACGUGCUCACACACGCUCCGUCUGCGGGGGGUUUUUGCGUCCCGGGGGUUUUAACAGAGCUCCUGGUUUCACUUUUGCGCCUGAAAGUCAAACCCAAUGGGGGAAGCACACAGGAAGCGAGCGACUCAGCAGUUUCAGACGGAGACCUCAUUCCUCCUCAGCUGAUGCUGGCGCUCAGAGCUCACACACUUUUCCUAACCGCUCAUUGAAUGUGAACAAUUUCAACUACUUUGGCCAAAUUGGUCGCAUGAAGCAAAAACAUUUCUGGUACUUGACAUGCUCUCCACAGGCUCUGAACCGACGCUCGCACAUUAGUGCAGUCGUGUUUCUUGGCUUGCAGGAACGCCCCUAGCUGGCUGUGGCGUGAGGUUGCAUCCUUUCGAGUCACUUUGGUGCUUUUGGUAAUCUCUGACCACAAAAUGGGAAGUAUCAAUGUCAAAGACAUCAGUUUGUGGUUCUACUUCAUGAAGAAAAACAGCCGCUUUUACGCGUCUAGUGGUAGAUUUAAGUGAAAACAGACUUGGGGUUGUGAGCUUCCUGUUUUAGAAGAAGACGGGAUCUUUUCUUGUAUUUUUUUCCCCUUUUCCAGUGGUUUGUCUUUCAGCAUUUAAUAAACUGUCCUCCUCCCAUUAUCCCUCAUUACUUUGGAGAAAUGUAUGUUCCUACUCUGUGAUUCAUAGUUGAUACUAUUAUUAAUGCUAUUAUGAUCAUUCUUGCUACUAUUGUUACUACUGCUGUUACUAAUGCGAUUUAUUGCAAAAAUCUCAACUGCUGUCCAUUUUCAGGUAUGUGUCUGUUAAAGCAGACCCUUCCACAUGAUGUCAGUGUGCUGUGGAGCAUUUUCAUUACAAAUUAAACCUGUUUGUUGACUUGUGUAUCUACAUCUAAUAUUAGGAAAAAUAAAAAAAAACAGUUUAAUCAAACUG